AUUUACCUCCCCAAGGUAAUCAAUCAAAAGCGGAGGUAAGUAUGAGUGACGUCGAGGAGAGCAAGCAUGAAGAGAUGCAUUCUGAUCGCGAAGAGGAGGAAGGUAGAGAGUUCAUUGUGCCCGUGCACGUGCAGGACCUAGAGCUUAUCAAACGAGAUCGACUAUUUGUCGUGAACGUCACAGAUCUCAGUGAUGGGUCGAAAGAUGACCACAUCCGUCAGCUCAAAGACAUCCAACGUCAAAUCCAAAAUGAUCCGCUGGGUGUCGUGGAGACGGAUGUGUUUGACAUGCUCUACAGCUUCGUCAAAAUCUUGAAGAUUAUGAGCGACGAAGCACGAGUGGUCUUGCUUCUACUAGCGAGCUCAACCCUGGACGACGUCGUCAAAGCAAUCAAGCGCGGCCAAACAGAGUCAUCCAAGCAAGCACGAAAUGCAUUGAAGGUCACGUCGUUCGUGCUGUGCCAAACGCUGAUGCAGAUCCGCAACGUUCAAGUCGACGAAGACAAGGACAUUCUCCAAAAAAAGGAUAAGGCGUCCAAAGCCAAGCAAAUUAACUGGGGCAAGCAUUGCGAAACUGGGGUCAAGGCGCUCCACGAGUCCCUUUGCGACGAGACGCUGGCUCUGUGGAACAUGAACACGCCCGAGGAGGAAUUCAUCGCACUCUACUGCACGGCAAUCUUUCAACUGCUAGAAAGUCCAGGCUUACUCAAGUCCAAGCUGCUCAAGUUUCUCAUUUACAAGUGCGUCGGCGAAUGCCUGGUCCGCGCGCCCCGCGUCCUCGUCACCGUGAGCACAUCGUUGUUGGAGCUAGUGUUUGCACACGAACAUUUGGCCAUCCCGAUUGCAGACUUGGUUCAGUAUCUGCAAUCGACGCACCACUCGAUCAAAGUGGCUGCGGACUUGAUCAGCGAAAUCUCCAAGAUUCGACAGCGGGAUACGUCUCGGGAUUCGUCAGGGACGAAGAACGUGUCACUCUUUCUGGGACACCUGGCGACGUUGAUGCCGUCGACGGUGUUGGCCAACUUGAGCAUUGUGCUGCCAUUGCUGGAUGCGGAAUCGUACUACCUUCGGAACGCAGUGGUGACGGCGGUGAUGCACAUCUUGAUGGCCGACUUUCGCGCGCGAGACAAGUCGACAACGGCGGCAGCAGACGAAGACGGCCCCAACGACGAUGGCCCCACGUCGUCGUCAACUUCGUCGGCGCAGUUUCGUCCGCUGUCCCGACAACGACGAGAUACGCUGUUUGGAGUGCUGGAAGACCGCGUGCACGACGUCAACUCGUUCGCUCGCAGUCACGUGUUGCGGUGCUAUCGAGAUUUGUGCGAAGAAGGUGCCGUGCCACUGCGCCACAUUCAGAAACUGCCCAAUAUUGCCGUCGAGCGCAUGCAGGACCGGACGUCCAGUGUCCGAAAGUACAGCAUUGAGUUGCUCUGUGUGCUGUUGGAGCACAAUCCGUACCGCGAGACUCUGGACCGCCAGUACUAUGAAGGGCAGAAGAACCACCUGGUCGCCACGUUUACGGCCAAGAAGAAAGCCGUGAUGGAGGAUGUCGAAGAGCAACUGAAUCGCCGGCUCAGUGGUUUGAACGUGAACGAAUCGCAAAUUGCCACCAACGAAGAAGAGCGAGAAGUGGAGCUGCAGAAGCUCGAGCGGCUGCUCUUGUUUCACACCCACGCGCUAGAAUUCAUCGACACACUUGAAAACGACGCGAUUCCGCUCUUGAUCCAGCUGCUCGGAAGUGCCGCGAUCACGGACGUGCUCGAGUCGAUUCGGUUUUUUCACCAAGCACAUGCGUUCCGACUGCACCAAGCCACGCAAGGCAUUCGCGCGAUGCUGAUUCUGAUCUGGCGGACCGACCCCAAGAUCCAAGAACUCGUGCUCAAGACGUUUCAGUCGAUCUUGUUUUACAAGCCCCAGACCGAUUUGCUCGUGGCCCCGCCGCAAGCUGCCCAAACCCUCUUGACGCUGCUCGAUGGAUGCACGGUGAGCGACGCCACGUGCCUCGAGCAGCUCCUCGGCGUGAUGAAGGCCAAGGAGCUGGUGCCCCAGCGCGUGAUUGCGGCGCUGUGGGACUUGUGUGGCGACAACUCGUCGUGCAACACGAUUGGGCACUCGAUUUGGCUCUUGUCUAUGCUCAAGACCCCCCCGAGAUUGGAAGUGCUGCUGGAGCAUGGCCUAGGGGCGCGCGUGCGCGAAGAACACAACUGGCUCUGUGUCCGAGCGACGUCGCACAUGCUUCAAAACUGGAACUUCAAGGACAAGAGCUUGAUCCCUGACGGCAUUGAACCCCUCGUGGUCAGCUUGCAGACGUUCUUGACCAUGAUCGACGAGACCAACCUGGACUGGUUUGAUGCGGCGCAACAGGCCAUCGAAGCCCUCUUCCACGUGUGCCAGUUUCCAGAGCAGCCGUGCGGGGACAUCGUUGCCACGUGGUCCACGGCGCUGUUCCCGACCGACGAAGACGACCACGACGAAGCCGUGUGUUCGGCGUCCGAGCUGUCCAAGUUUGUGUUUAUCUUGGGCCACGUGGCGAUUCGCAUGGCCGUGUACGUCGAGUCGUUGGCGAGCUCGGUCAAGGAAGCACGCAACAAGCUGCAACACGACCAGUCGAAAGCGGACAAGGAGCAGUCGAGCAUGGAAGACGAGUUGGGGCUCCACGCAGAAAUCGAAGCCGAAGAGGACGAGUUUCUGCACGCGUUGACUCAAAACGACCUCGUGGGCCGAAACUUGCUGGGGGCGUACGGGCCAAUCCUUAUUCGACUUGUGGCCAACGAAGAUGGUAUAUUUGACGACGAGUUGAUCAAGGAAGCAUCCACGGUCGCGUUGUGCAAAUUCAUGUGCAUUUCAGCCGAGUUUUGUGAAAAGAACCUCCCGUUGAUCUUUACGAGGCUAAAGGAAUGCCAACAGCCAUCGGUGCGCUCCAACAUUGUCGUGGCGUUGGGGGACUUGAGCUUUCGGUUUCCAAACUUGGUGGAACCGUGGACAUCCCAUAUUUACGCCCGUCUGCGGGACAUCAACGUGAACGUCCGCAAGAACACGAUCAUGGUGUUGACGCACUUGAUCCUGAACGACAUGGUCAAAGUCAAGGGGCAGGUCAGCGAAAUUGCCCUGUCGUUGGUGGAUGAAGACAAGCGGAUUUGCGAACUCGCCAAGCUCUUUUUCCACGAGUUGUCGAAACGAGGAAACAACCCGAUCUACAACAUGCUGCCAGAUACCAUUGGCCGCUUGUCCACGAGCGCCACGCUAUCGAAAAAAUCAUUUCAAGAAAUCACCAAGUUCCUCCUGGGGUUCAUCCACAAAGACAAGCAAACGGAAAGUCUGGUGGAAAAGCUCUGCCAUCGGUUUGUCACGACCGCCGAAGUGGCGCACUGGCGGGACCUGGCCUACUGUUUGGCCAACCUGUCGUUGAAUGACAAGUCCCUCAAGAAACUCGUCGAGCUGCGCAAGCUGUUCAAGACAUGUCUGGUUGACGACGGCGUGUUUGAAUGCUUUCAGCAAUUGGUGUCCAAGGCAAAAAAGUUUUCCAAAGCAGAAACCAAGGAAACGUUGGACGAGCUGGAACACGUUAUCAACGCCAUUCAUUCUGGCGAGAACCUCGACGACAACGAAAAUCUGCUGGACCUGCCGCACAAAAAGCCCGACAAGGUCAAGACGCCUCGAAAGGCCAAAAAGGGCAAAGAAAGCACACGUAAACAAAACGUGUCUGUUGAGGUUGGACGUAUAUUAAUAACCAAGUAAAUCACUAUUGGAACUAACGAUGUAUAGACCGAGAACGAUGAAAACGCCGCCGAUGCCAUGCCAAAGCGACUUCAGCGAAAGGCGAGGAAACCGACAAAAACCAAAGAAUUUAUCGACAGCGACCACGACGACGACGACGACGAAGACAACGACGAUGAGGAGGACGACGUGGGUGGGGACGACGAGCCACCGGCAGGGCGGUCGCAACCGGGCAAGCGCAAAAAGGCCGAUGCCCCUCGUGCAAAGGCGACACACUCUAAGAAGAAAAAGUAACGAUUGAAAUCAAAACCCCGUUUG